CGCCCUGACUAUUUGUACACAUCGCCCGCCGUCCCACCGCCCUCUCCAUCGCCCCAAUCCCCCGACAGCCUUCCUCGCACCUAUUCCCGGCCCCGAGGCUCGCAUCGCCCGCAAUGGCUGCCACGUACGGACACCACCAGGGCCCCGUCUACCCUGAGAGCUAUGUCGGUUUCGACAGCAUCACCAAGCAGAUCGAGAAGAAGCUCGUGAAGCGCGGUUUCCAGUUCAACAUCAUCUGCGUCGGCCAGACAGGUCUCGGCAAGUCAACGCUCAUCAACACCAUCUUCGCCUCGCAUCUCAUGGACAGCAAGGGCCGCAUGAUGCCCGACGAGCCCAUCCGCCAGACGACCGAAAUCCAGACCGUCUCGCACACCAUCGAGGAGAACGGCGUGCGUCUGCGGCUCAACAUUGUCGACACGCCCGGCUAUGGGGACCUGAUCAACAACGAGCGCUGCUGGGACCCCAUCGUCAAGUACAUCAAGGACCAGCACAGCGCCUACCUGCGCAAGGAGCUGACCGCCCAGCGCGAGCGCUACCUGCAGGACACGCGCAUCCACUGCUGCCUCUUCUUCAUCCAGCCCUCGGGCCACGGCCUCAAGCCCAUCGACAUCGUCGUGCUGAAGAAGCUGAGCGAGUUUGUCAAUGUCGUCCCCGUCAUUGCCAAGAGUGAUAGCUUGACGCUGGAGGAGCGCGCGGCGUUCAAGGAGCGGAUAAAGGAGGAGUUUGCCUUCCACAACCUGCGCAUGUACCCGUACGACAAUGAAGAGCACGACCAGGAGGAGGUUGCCCUGAAUACGUCGAUCAAGGGCAUUCUCCCCUUCGCAGUCGUCGGCUCGGAGAAGACCAUUCUCGUCAACGGCAAACAGGUCCGUGGUCGCCAGAACCGCUGGGGUAUCAUCAACGUCGAGGACGAGAACCACUGCGAAUUCGUCUACCUUCGCAACUUCCUCACGCGCACCCAUCUGCAAGACCUGAUCGAGACGACCUCGCAGAUCCACUACGAGUCCUUCCGCGCCAAGCAGCUGCUCGCGCUCAAGGAGAGCUCCGCAGUCGGCGGCCACGGCUCCCGGCCCAUCUCGCCAUCCGCAGACCGCGAGCUCAGCCGGAACAGCCAACGGAUGACCAUGAACGGGUAUUAGGAGUUCCCGGCUCAUAGUCGGGUCGACAGCGUUGGAGCUAAGCCCGUGGGUCCACCUCCGCGCAUGGACAGGGUGGUCAGCCCAAUCAUUGACGCUGUCUGAGGCACAAGGGCAGAGGGAAAUGAGCAACGCUAUGGUGAAAACGGAGAGUUGCGGUAUGAUACCAUUUGCAGUACUUAGCACGAACGGAGUGCGGAACCGUUGGGGGUUGGCAGAGUAUACUUUCUACGCUCACACCACACCACUUACACCCUUUUUCUUGAAUAUUCUUUUAGUGUCUGAAAGCUUCUUCACUUCGGAAUCUUUCUUAUGUCUUCAGCGCUGGUGUGUGGGGGUGGUUUGGGCUUGUAUGAUACUCGGGCUUAUAACUGGUUAUACCUGGGUUCUUUUGUUCUAGGAUAGGAUAGUGCAGUGGAGAUAGUAGUGGAGUGGUAAUUCGACCAAAAAUGAGCCCGAUAUAUUUCUA